AUGUGUGAGUGUGCGCACACACGCAUGGGGGGGGCUGCGUGAAUGUGUGCACGCCCGUGAGCGUGGGUCCGUGUGUGGGUGGCCUGCGGGCGCCGGUGCGCGGUGUGUUUGGGCGACUGUGUAUAUGCCGUGUGCGUCCGUGUGUCCGCGUGUGUGCGAGCGCGUGUGCGCGUGUGCCCGUGUGCCGCGGGCGGGAGAGGCAGCUUCGGCUCAGCCGUGGCAGAGCAGUUAGUACAGAACUCCUAGUGCAAGGGGAGGCUGGGGAGCCGCCAGGAAGACGAGCAAGGGACCUUUUUAACAAAAGCUCAGUUGGGUCCCUGCGGGGCCAGCCAGCAGAAGGGACUGGGGAGCGCUGGCUCUGCGCCAGGGAGGUCGGGCUCCCGCCAGCUCCGCACGCACCCUUUAUCAUGCCCUCCGCAGGGGGAGUCCUGAGGCUUGGCCGUCGGGAAGUUUCCGCAGCCGCCGCCGCCGCCUCGGAGAGCACCAGCAAGGACCGCGGAGAUUAGAAAAGCACUUGGGAGGCACAUUCAUCUUGCUGGCGUUGUCAGGAGUGAUCAGCGAGUUUUAUUAAAAGCCCUGGGAUUGCCUGAAAAGCCUCCUUGUCUGGCUUUGAAAUGAAAGGGACAUGUUAAGAUCUUGGGGGCACAUCGUCAGGACCCCUUGCCCUGCCCCUUGGACUAUGAGCUAACAUAUCUGGAGGAAGAACAGAAGCCCUCUUGUGUUGAAGGGAUUUCACCGGUGGACAAACCAAGUUGGCCCCUGACAGCAUGAGCUCUCUGAACUGGGGUGGGCCCAGUGCUCUGCUCCUGCUGCUCCUUGGCUGGGCCAGUCCCACCUUCAUCAGCCUUAACCGUGGGAUCAGGGUGAUGAAGGGCAGCUCUGCCUUCCUGUCGGGAGAUGACCUGAAGUUUGUCAUCCCCAAAGAGAAAGAUGCUUGCAAAGUGGAAGUUGUGAUGAACGAGCCAAUGACCCAAAGGGUCGGGAAACUCACUCCACAGGUCUUUGACUGCCAUUUCCUUCCCAAUGAAGUAAAGUAUAUUCAUAAUGGUUGCCCGAUUCUUGAUGAAGACACAGUGAAGCUUAGACUUUACAGAUUUACUGAGACUGAUACCUUCACAGAAACCUUUAUCCUGCGGGUCUAUCUCCUCGAACCAGACUGUAACAUCAUCCGUAGGAGUAACAAUGUCCUGGAGGUGUCUGAAUUCUAUGGUCUUUCCCAAGCCAUUGAUAAGAACCUCCUCAGAUUUGAUUACGAGAGGACGGCUGGCCUGGAGUGUACGGUCAGGCUGGAUCCUGUGGGAAGCCGGCUGCCAGCCCACGGUCAGAUGGUCCUGCUGGAGCCUCGGCCAGAAAAACCUCGUGGAGAUCAGCCACACAGUUUUUUCCCUGAGACUCAACUGGGAACAGAGCUGAGGUGUCCAGGUGGAAGCUGUGCCCUGGGACUGAAGAAAAUGGGAAGUGCCAAGGUGAGCUGUGAGGAGUUCCUGCUGAUGGGGCUUCGCUAUCAACACACAGAUCCCCCUUCUCCCAACAUCGACUACAUCUCCAUCCAGCUGGACCUCACAGAUGGCAGGAGCAAAAUCGUGUACAAGUCAGAGAGUGCGUGGUUGCCCGUCUAUAUCAGAGCUGGCUUUCCUAAUCAGAUUCCAAGGGCUGCGUUCAUGGCCAUGUUUACUCUGGAAGUGGAUCAGUUCAUCCUGACCUCCCUGACUCCAUCCAUUCUGGACUGUGAAGAGGACGAGACCCCUAAGCCCUUGCUGGUGUUUAACAUCACCAAAGCUCCGCUGGAUGGCUAUGUGACACAUCUGUGGGAUCAUACCAGACCGGUCUCCUCGUUCACCUGGAAGGAUCUAAGUGACCUGCAGAUAGCCUAUCAGCCGCCGAACAGCAGCCAUUCUGUGCGGAGACAUUAUGAGCUGGAGGUGGAGGUUUAUGAUUUCUUCUUCGAGAGGAGUGCACCGAUCACAGUCCACAUCUCCAUCAGAACAGCAGAUACCAACGCCCCGCGGGUGUCCUGGAACACAGGUCUGAGUCUUCUAGAGGGCCAGUCUCGGGCCAUCACUUGGGAGCAGUUCCAGAUUGUCGACAACGAUGACAUCCAUGCUGUCCGGCUGGUCACCGUGGGCGGCCUGCAGCAUGGACGGCUUACACUAAGAGGUGGGAAAGGAUUUCUCUUCACUGUGGCUGACCUUCAGGCUGGAGUUGUUCGCUAUCAUCAUGACGACAGUGAUUCCACAAAAGACUUUGUGAUCUUCAGGAUAUUUGAUGGCCAACAUAGCAUCCGCCAUAAGUUUCCCAUCAACAUUUUGCCUAAAGAUGACAGUCCCCCAUUCCUCAUAAGCAAUGUUGUGAUUGAACUGGAGGAGGGGCAAACCAUACCGAUCCAGGGUUCCAUGCUCAGAGCAUCAGACAUGGACUCCAGUGAUGACUACAUCUUCUUUAAUAUCACAAAACCUCCUGAAGCUGGAGAAAUCAUGAAGAAACCAGGUCCAGGGCUGAUAGGCUAUCCUGUCCCUGGCUUCCUUCAGAGGGAUCUAUUUAAUGGCAUCAUUUACUAUCGUCACUUUGGUGGAGAGAUCUUUGAAGACUCUUUUGAAUUUGUCCUGUGGGACAGCCACGAACCUCCAAAUCUCUCAGUGCCGCAGGUGGUGACCAUCCAUAUAACUCCAGUGGAUGAUCAGCUUCCAAAAGAGGCUCCUGGAGUUUCUCGGCAUUUGGUUGUCAAGGAAACUGAGGUGGCCUACAUAACUAAGAAACAUCUACAUUUUAUAGAUACAGAAUAUGACAGUGAGCUUCUUUACACGAUAACGACACCUCCGUUUUUCUCUUUCGGCCACAGACAUCUGGAUGCUGGGAAAUUAUUCAUGGUGGAUAGCAUCCCAAAGCUGACCAAAAAUCCUGCAGCCCUGGGACUGGGGUCAUUCACUCAGCAUGCUGUGAACCACAUGAAAGUGGCCUACAUGCCACCCAUGCAAGAUAUAGGCCUCCAUCCGGGACAUGUGCAGUUUGCCUUUUCCAUCAGUAACCAACAUGGCAGCACUUUGCACGGGAUCUGCUUUAACAUCACAGUUCUUCCAGUGGACAAUCAAGUUCCUGAGGUGUUUACCAGCUCCCUGAGAGUGACUGAGGGAGGUCAGUGUAUCAUCAGCACAGAGAAUGUUCUGGUUUCUGAUGUGGAUACCAAACUGGACAACAUCUAUCUCUCCCUGCAAAGACCGCCUCAGUGUGGAAGUGUGGAGCUGGAUGGAUUUCCUCUAAACACAGGAGGCACAUUUUCUUGGGGAGACCUCCAUGCCUUAAAAGUUAGGUAUCAGCAUGAUGGCUCUGAGAGACUUCAGGAUGACAUAUUCUUGGAGGUCACAGAUGGCAUGAAUUCAGCAGAAUUUGUUCUACAUGUUGAGGUAUUCCCUGUAAAUGAUGAGCCACCAAUCCUAAAGGCUGACCUCAACCCCAUGAUGCAUUGCGCGGAGGGUGAAGAGGUGGUCAUCACCUCAGAAUACAUUUUUGCUACUGAUGUGGACAGUGAUGACUUGAAGCUGAUGUUUGUGAUUGCUCGAGAGCCUCAACAUGGGGUGGUGAGGAAAGCUGGAGUCACAGUGGAUCAGUUCUCUCAGGAAGAUGUCAUCUCAGGGGCCGUGACAUACAAACACACGGGUGGUGAGAUUGGCCUGGUGCCUUGUUUGGAUACCAUUACGUUGGUGGUUUCGGAUGGAGAAGCUGGCCCUUUUGUGAAUGGCUGUUGCUUCAAUGGGCCUCGUCCAUCUGUUCCUCCUCAUGAGUCCUUCCCGGUGUAUGACCUCAAUAUCACGGUGCAGCCAGUGGACAACCAAUCGCCUUCAAUUGCAAUAGGUACCAUGUUCGUGGUAGAUGAGGGUUUCUCUGCAGCCCUUACUAGUAACCAUUUGUCCGCCGCUGACCCUGACACUGCAGGAGACAACUUGGAAUUUGUCUUGGUUUCUCCUCCCCAGUUUGGCUACCUUGAGAAUACACUCCCCUCUGCAGGUUUUGAAAAAAGCAACAUGGGUGUAAGCAUAGCUUCGUUCUGGUGGAAAGACAUGAAGGCUUUGCACAUUAAUUACGUGCAGGCCAGGCAUCUAAGGAUAGAACCAACGGCCGACCAGUUCAUGGUGUAUGUCACAGAUGGGAAGCGACGCUCCUUGGAGAUACCAUUUCACAUUAUCAUCAACCCCACGAAUGACGAAGCUCCUGACUUUGUAGUGCAGAAUAUUACUGUGUGUGAGGGUCAGAUGAAAGAACUGGAUACCUCUGUCAUCAGUGCUGCUGAUCUGGACGUUCCCAACGACCCCUUGCUUUUCAGUGUCACUCGUAAACCACGCCAUGGCCUCCUCAUCAACAGGGUGCUUGGCAAAGACUUUCCGCAAAAUAUGCAGCCUGUCAACCCCGGCCAGAAGCAUGAACUCGUUCAGAACUUUUCCUUGGAACUUCUCAAGAAUGGAAUGAAGUUGGUGUAUGUGCAUGAUGACUCAGAGAGCCUUGCUGAUGACUUUACAGUCCAGUUGUCAGAUGGGAAACAUAAGAUAUUAAAAACCAUUUCAGUGGAGGUCACCCCAGUUAAUGAUGAGAAACCAACGCUGAACAAGAAGGCUGAAAUUACCAUGAAAAUGGGUGAAACGCGUAUUAUUUCUAGUGCCGUGCUUUCAGCCAUAGAUGAAGAUUCACCCAGGGAGAAGAUUUACUAUUUGUUCGAAAGGCUUCCCCAAAACGGGCAGCUUCAACUUAAGAUGGGGAGGGACUGGGUCCCUGUCUACCCCGGCAUGAAGUGCACUCAGGAGGAGGUGGACCUGAACUUGCUGAGAUACACGCACACCGGAGCCAUGGAUUCCCAGGAUCGAGACACCUUUACUUUCUACCUCUGGGAUGGUGACAACAGAUCACCAGCACUGGACUGUCACAUAACCAUCAAGGAUAUGGAAAAAGGUGAUAUUGUCAUCCUUGUGAAACCACUGGUGGUGUCUAAAGGUGACCGGGGUUUCUUGACGACCACCAGUCUCCUUGCUGUGGAUGGAACAGACAAACCUGAGGAACUGCUCUAUGUCAUCACCUCCCCUCCACGGUUUGGCCAGGUCGAGUAUGUCCGCUAUCCUGGAGUCCCCAUCACAAGCUUCAGCCAGAUGGACAUAGCAGGACAGACAGUCUGCUAUGUGCAUAAGAGCAAGGCAGCUGUCUCCCGUGACACCUUCAGAUUCAUCAUCAGCAAUGGCCUGCAGACCAAACACGAGGUUUUUGAGAUCAUACUGGAGACUGUGGAUAGAGCCUUACCUGUGGUGACCAGGAAUAGGGGGCUGAGACUGGCUCAAGGGGCCAUGGCCCUGCUCUCCCCUGACCUCCUCCAGCUGACUGACCCUGACACUCCAGCAGAGAACCUUACCUUCGUGCUGGCCCGGCUCCCGCAACAUGGCCAACUUUACCUGCGGGGGACAGUGCUGCUUCAACAUAACUUCACUCAGCAGGAUGUGGACAGCAGGGAUGUGGCCUACAGGCACCUGGGAGGGGACUCCCAGGCUGACUGCUUUACCUUUGUGGCCACAGAUAGGACAAACCAAGGCUUUGUGGUGGAGGGAACAGCGGGCCAAGAACCUGUUUCAUUCACCAUCCAGGUUGACCAGCUGGACAAAACAGCCCCCUACAUCACACACUUGCAUUCCCCUUCUCAAGUGGGGCUCCUGAAAAAUGGAUGUUAUGGGAUUUACCUCACUUCCCAUGUGUUGAAGGCAUCAGACCCUGACACCGAUGACGAUCUGAUCAUCUUUAAGAUUUUACGAGGUCCCCAGCAUGGACAUCUGGAGAACACAACAACAGGUGAAUUUAUCCAUGAGAAAUUUAUCCAAAAGGACUUAAACAGUAAGACCAUUCUUUACAUCAUAAGCCCGUCUUUGGAAGUGCAUUCAGAUAUCGUGGAAUUUCAAAUCAUGGACCCCAUGGGGAACUCUGCUGCUCCUCAAAUUUUGGAACUGAAGUGGUCUCACAUCGAAUGGUCACAGACUGACUAUGAGGUCUGUGAGAAUGUGGGCAUGUUGUCUUUGGAAAUUACCAGAAGGGGAUAUUCCAUGGACUCCGCCUUCGUGAGUGUGAAGGUCAACCAAUUGUCAGCUACAGUUGGAAAAGACUUCACUCUGACUCCGUCUAAACUGAUUCAGUUUGACCCAGGAAUGUCAACGAAGAUGUGGAAUAUAGCAAUUACCUAUGACGGAUUAGAGGAAGACGAUGAGGCCUUUGAAGUGAUUCUGAACUCCCCCGUGAAUGCGGUUCUUGGCACAAAGACAAAAGCUGCAGUGAAAAUUUUGGACUCAAAAGGAGGACAGUGCCAGCCUUCAUAUUCCAUCAGCCCCAACAAGCACAGCGCACGGGAGAAGAACAUUUGGCACCCGCUGUCCCCCAGGUCUUCCUCACCCACCAAUUCUGGUUCCUUUCAUCUGGAAAGACGACCCCUUCCAACCUCCAAGCGGCCGGCAGUCACUAGGGGAGACAUUCAACAGGGUUUUCAGUCUCCAGAUCUUUCUCGUAUGAAGCUUAGGACCCGGGGGAAUGGCAAAACGGUCCUUCAAUCCUCCGUUUAUAGAAAUGGAACCGACAUCAUCUAUAAUUAUCACGGAAUGGUUUCCCUGCCGCUGGAGGAAGACGGUUCCCCAUCCCACAAAAGCAAGGCCAAAGUCUUGAUUAUGAGCCAGACACAAAAGACAAGCAAAUUGGCAGAUAAGGUGGAAUCCACAACCGACUCACACUUCCCCAGACAGGACCCGCUGCCCUCAUUUCCAAAGAACUGCACGCUGGAAUUAAGGGGACUUUUGCACUUUCAAGAAAACCUCCAAGAGCUGUACGAGUGCGAUGGAAUUGCCUGGAAAGCUUGGAGCCCCCGUACCAAGGUGGUGGAAGGUAAAUCCUGCCCAGCUGGGUGGUAUCGUCACUCAGGGUACUGCCACUCCCUGGUCACGGAGCAGAAAGGCACCUGGAACUCAGCUGCCCGAGCUUGCAAGGAACAUCAUCUGGGCAGCCUUGUAACUGUUCUCUCCAGGCAACACAUGCGAUGGCUCUGGGACAUCAGUGGAAGAAAGCCCUUUUGGAUAGGUUUGAAUGACCAGGUGCGUGCUGGCCACUGGGAGUGGAUUGGUGGGGAAGCUGUCACCUUCACCAACUGGAGGAAAGGACCCCCUCAACGUAUGAAGCCCGGCAAGAACUGUGUUUUGGCGCAAAGACAAGGGAAAUGGCAAACACAAGACUGUAGGAAGGGCAAACCUCACAAUUACGUGUGCUCCAGGAAAAUCUAAAUGUAACUGACCUUACAGGUGCCCACUUGGGAUUUUUCACCUAUUUAUUUACAGAAUUUGUGCAUAUUGUUCAAUGCAAAACAAGUCAUGACUGACUUAGUACAUUUUUUUUUUUAUCAUAGUAUAUGAGUGAUCUAGUAAAAAAAGGAACAUUGAAGAAUUGUUCCAGGAGGAUUGAUCAAUGAGCAUUUCUUUCAGGAAGAGAUACAAUCCUUGUGUCUCAGUACCUUUCAAAAUAAAUACCUAAAGUAUUAUAUGGUAUAAGAUUUGCUUAUUCCAGAAUAUUCCCACCCUGUCCUCACUCCAUAUCUAAGUCCUCACCAAGCUCACGAUCCUUGGAUUUUUUUUUGUCCCAAGACCUCAGUUUUUUGUCCCGUUCUGAAAUCUGUCCUGGCAGGGGCUUGUACCACUCCAGUCUGAGGAAAGCUAACUUUACCAGCUCAUUAAAUCAUAGUUGAAGAGCAAAGGGUUGCUUUGUCCCUUUGGAAUGUGAAACCUAAGAUGAGAGUCUUGUGGAUAAAAAAGGAGAAUUCUUGGGCACCUGGGUGGCUCAGUUGGGUGGGUGGCUGCCUUUGGCACAGGCCAUGAUCCCAGAGUCCCAGAAUCGAGUCCCUCAUCGGGCUCUGAGCUCUGCAGGGAGUCUGCUUCUCUCUCUGACCUUCUCCCCUCUCGUGCUCUCUCUCACUGUCUCUCAAAUAAAUAAAAUCUUAAAAAAAAAAAUGAGAGAGAGAGAGAAUUCUCUGUGGUGGAAAAGGAAGACUUUAGAUGGGAGACUUGCAGAUGGAAGCUCAUUUGCAAAGCUCUAGUUCAGGUAAGAAUUCAGAGACUACAUUCACGUCAGGGUCUACCCAUCCCUACUCAUGAGACAGAGUUCUUUUUCCAAUAAAAAUGUUGGCCUUGUACCUUCCCAGAGCUCAUCAUGAUGGUUUCCCCUGGCCUCACAGAUUCAGGAGAAAUUUGAAGUAAUGUGAACUUCUCUUUUCAUUUGGGUAUACGGUAAGGACUAACAUUUCUCAAGGACAUUUGGAAUAGAGUUUAUGCGAGUGAUUUUUAACACAUUGAAGAAAAACACUGCUUCCUCGGAAGUGUCCCAGUGAAAAAUGCUGAUGAACAAAGAAAGAUAGUACUGAAAACAGAGCCCUUGAAAACCCAUAUUCUCAGAAUGGAUUUUGAUAUAACUUUGAGCCCUUACAUCUCUACUAUUUCUAGAAAUGGCAUGCUAACCCCAUCUGGUAACAUAAAGUCCCUUAUGAAUUUAUAAUAUCAGCUGAAUGAAACCUUUUCGUACCAGUGAAGUGUGUUGCAGUCUUACAGGAACUCCCUUCUGAAAUCAAGUUGUAAUUACAGGAAAUCAGAAAUUUAUUUCUGAAGCAUGUGUUCAAAAUUUUCCUCUUUUCUUAAUCACCAAAAAAUGCGGUUGUACCAAAUGUAGCUAACUUGCUCUAUGAGUAGUUCAGAGUAAUUUCAGUCAAGAUGGGGUUACCAAGUAGACUAAAGCUUUGGAGCAUGUUUUAUUAGACUAACACAUUUGGUAAAACUAAAAUAAACGGAAGAAAUUCAGUCCAGUUUCUGGAUAUAAAACAUGACAAGCUUGUUUUAUUUCUGCACAUUUAUCAAGAUUUUUGGUAUUAGAAAUAUUUGCAAAGAGAAAUGGGGAUCACGUUUUGGCAUUUUCUACCUCUCACUUAAAUUUAAAAGCAUGGUGGCCUCGUGAGGCUCCUCGCUUUAGGGAUCCCACCUAGGCUCGGAAAUGAUGACAACAUACAGGUCUCUUAAGCAACACCGACACUCUCUGGUAUUUAACCAAAAGAUGCAAAACCCACCCUCCAUACCAACUCCAGUCCUCUCUGACCCUCUGGCCUCUGCCAUUUGGAAAGGCGAGAUGCCAGAUUAUGUAGCAAAGGGUUGUUUACCUGAAGAAUGAUAUCCUAAGAGGGAAAGUAAAAGCUCAAGAAAUAAAGAGUUCAGAGGCCACUCCCUUCUAGAACAACAGAGCUAUAGUAACUAUUUAAAACUGGGAAUCCAGAACCAGGGCUGUUAUGGAGAAACUGAUCAGCAUGGUAGAUUUUAUUAUACUUAUCUGCAAUGACAAUGAUGUUUAAGUGUAAUUGCAAAUGCUAGUAUGAAGAGAGAAUGUUUUAUGAUUUUUGUAGCAACUAGGAAUACUAGGAUAAUAUUUUUGAAUGUUCCUGAUCAUGAAAACAUUGAUCCAUUUAUAAAACGCAAGUAAUUGAAUGAGGAUACAAACAAAAAUUCUGGCAAGUUGGGAUGUUGGUCAAUAUUUAUCAUGACCUUUAUUUCUUCCCCAUGAUUGAGCUUUGACUCAGGGGAAAAUAAAAAAAGCAAAUGAUUGUUAUCUAAAAAAAAGAGAGAGAGACGGGGGCACCUGGCUAGCUCAGUCGGUGGAGUGUGCGACUCUUGAUCUCAAGGGUUGUGAGUUCAAGAACCACGGUGGGGAUCGAGAUUACUUAAAAAUAAAAUCUUAAAAGAAAAGUAAAGGAUGGUCAUGGUUCUUGCCACCUAGAUUGGUCACUGUCACUUGUCAAGUUCUGGUGGGAGCAGGAAGGAAGGAAAUGGAUUAAUGGUAGAAUAAGGAAUGGAUGAUUAUAUGAGAGUAGAGGGGAGAGAGGAGAGAAGGGCUGAGCAGGGAGAGAUGGGACUGAUGGUAGCUAAGAAGGAGAGCAUCAGAAAGAAGGAGUUAAAUGUCACCUGGCUCUUCUCCCCAGGUUUGAAUACCAGUUCAGGAAAAGCCGCCUCCAUCUAAAAGCAUCAACCCAGCUAAGUAGCAUGUAGCUUUUCAGAAUCCUGCGAUUUUUGUUCUUUAACUAAAGCAUAUGUGUGUAUACAGCAUACAUUUUGCUGAAUGUAAACUUAAAAACAUAUGAUAAUUACUUCAUCUCUUUCCAAGGAGUGGUAAAAACGAACCAGGUGACAUUUUUUUCUUUAAAAAUUUUAUUUAUUUGACAGACAGAGAUCACAAGUAGGCAGAGAGGAAGGCAGAGAGAGAGAGGAAGAGAGGCAGGCUUUCUGCUGAGCAGAGAGCCUGAUGCGGUGCUCGAUCCCAGGACCCUAGGAUCAUGACCUGAGCCGAAGGCAGAGGCUUUAACACACUGAGCGACCCAGGCGCCCCCAGGUAACAUUUUUUUACAUUUCUGUUUUUGUUCAUUUUUACUACAGCCAAAAAGAACAUGCACAUAAUUUUCAUUAACACUAUGGUUUGUAUAAUUCAAACCAGGAGCUGGUGCUGAUUAAUUUUUGCAACAAAGCAGCCUAUGAAAUGUACUGUCUCUAGCAUUGUAUCAAAAUUAAUAAAAUAAACUUAUUUCUACUUCUGAA